AUUAUAAUUUUGAAGAAGGCUAUAGUGAUAAGAGAUAUGGCAUUGAAUCUGAUUAUCUCUUUUGAGUCUCCAAAAUUGUUUAGUAGUUUUGCUAAGCCACCAAUAUCAUUGCUGCCCAGAAGAAGAUCUUCAAAACUGUCUACUAAUAGUUCUAACAACUGCAAGGCAUUGUUCAUGACGCCAAGUGCAAAAAAAGUAGAAAUCUUCAAGUCAAUGGAAGAAUGGGGGAGAGAAAACGUUUUACCUUUGUUGAAGCCAGUUGAGCAAAGUUGGCAACCACAAGAUUUUUUACCAGAACCGACAUCGGAGGAAUUUGCGGAGCAAGUGAAGGAGUUGAGAGAGAGAACAAAGGAAGUUCCAAAUGACUACUUUGUUGUGUUGGUUGGGAAUAUGAUCACAGAAGAAGCAUUGCCAUCGUACCACGCGCGAAUCAAUGGCAUCGAUUUCUUCCACGAUCGUACGGGUGUGGAUGAGACACCUUGGGCCAUAUGGGCAAGGGGUUGGAGUGCUGAGGAGAAUAGGCAUGGUGAUCUUCUCAAUAAGUAUCUUUACUUAUCUGGUCGUGUUGACAUGAAAAAAGUUGAGACAACUAUUCAUUAUUUGAUUGGAAAAGGAACGGCCCCUCAAAAGCAUGAAACAGCCGUGAGUAAGGAUACUGAUGUUGGAGACAAUCCCUAUCUCUUCACAAUCUACACAUCGUUCCAAGAACGAGCAACAUUCAUAUCACACCGAAACACAGGCAAACUCGCGUACAAAUACGGUGACACAAAGCUCGCCCAAAUAUGUGGUGUAGUAGCUAGCGAUGAAAAACGACACGAAACUGCUUACACCAAAAUAGCUUCGAAGCUCUUUGAGCUCGAUCCAAACGACAUGGUUUUGGAAUUUGCGCGAAACAUGAAGAAAAAAAUCACAAUGCCUGGUCACCUAAUGUAUGAUGGAAUUAACCCAAAUCUCUUUGAUCACUUCACCAACACUGCCUCACAUAUUGGGGUUUAUACUGUGACUGAGUAUAGAGAAACAUUGGAACAUUUGGUGGCCAAAUGGAAUGUUGAAAAGCUUAUUGGGCUUUCUAGUGAAGGAAGACAGGCCCAAGACUAUCUUUGUGGGCUGGCCCAAAAGGUUAAGAGGAUUGAAGAAAUGGUGAAGAGUAAGGCCCAAAAGGAUUCUUCUUCUUCUUCAAUUGGUGUAAGUUGGGUUUUUGACCCAAAUAAAACGGUUCAAGUUUAAUGUGAUGGUAAAAAUGUCAAGAUAUUAUGUUAAUAGAAUAAUAAACGUGGCAUAAUAAUUGGCAUCUUUCUAAUUUUGUUUGAUAA